UAGUCAUAGUUGACCCUUAACAAAAAUAGAUGCAACUAGGACAAUUAUCUUACGAUUAGUAUAGAAGUAUUCACCUAACAAAAUUUUAUGACAAUGGUAUGGGUUAAUGAAUUGUUGUGUUUGUGUAAAUUGACUUAGUCUCUUAGCAAUUAUCAUAGGCUGGAAAUUACCUUCCUUUCAAGUUUUCAUCCAUCAUAAUGUAUGAAAUUUAUCUUAAUUAGGCGUUCAUAUGUUGUGAUCUACAUUUUACAUAUACAAAUAUACACUAUAUGAACAAUAUUGAGCUUUAUAUUUUAUGAGUCUAAAAGGGAUGAAGGUUAACUCUUAAGUGGUUAUGCAAAGUAUUAAGUAUGUGUAUAUAAUAUAUGUUAGAUAUAUGACAAAUUACUUAACUGGUUAAUUUGGUUUGACUGGUUAGGAGUGUAUGAAACCAAACCAAACCACAUAAACCAAACAAGCUAAAAACUUUAACCAAACCAAACCAAUUAUCCAAAUUAACCAAAUCAAAUUAUCCAAAUAGUAUCGGUUAAAACGGUUACCAUGGUAACCAAACCGUUUGAACACCCCUAGCUCUAUGCAACUCAAGACUCUUUGCUUAGUCACUUUCCCUAAAUUAAACAAUAAAAUCUAAUUUAUAUAUUUAAUUACAAAGGUAAUUAAUUUUGUAUUUGAUAAUAACGAUUGAGAUACCGAGGUACCGAUUGGGAUACCGAAAUAUUUAGGGAUUGGGAUUGGGAUUGAGAUUGGGAUUGGGAUUGAUUUUAGAGUAUAAUUCGGUAUUCGGGGUUUCGGUAUUUGGUAUUGGGAUAUCGAUACCGUACCAAUUUCCACCCUAGUGAGUUGUGACGCCAUUGGCCUGCAUUUUUUCAGAUUUGUUAUUAGCCUCUUAAAUCUCAAUAAUCAUACACACUUUUGAGUCUUAACACAGAAAAUUUUUAGUCAUAAUUUAGAGAGAGCGAGAAUAGUUAUAAGAAAAUUGUUGAUGUGACUUGAAUCGGACUAUCAGUCGCUACGACUGGAAUAGUACGAGCUCAAUGUUAUUUGGAUUCGGAUUCUAGGCCUGGUUGUAACCGCUUUUUCUUUACCAUAUUGGAUUCGGGUGAGAUCUAGGAGAAGUAUUAUAAAUACUUCUCAUCUCCUCUGUAAUUUGUAAUCUACUCGAUAUAGUGAAACUGGCUCUCAUGACCGUGAACUAGCCAAAACACAUUGUAUUAGUGAACCACGUAAAUCGAAAUUAGGUUUCGAGUAAGAGAAAGCAAGUGAAUAGCUAGUUGCUAUCUUCUCGCCAGUUUCGUUGGCUCCUGGCUGGCUUGAUGAGUACGACCUUUCACUAAUCGGCGGCGAUACUUGCAAUUUCCAUUUUAUAUUAACAAUAAUAAUAUUCGUCAAUAGCGACGUUAAAGCCUACUAUACGUUGCAUUAUAAUGCCUUUUUUUUCUUUCUUUCUGGUGAUCAAUAAUACUAAUAUAUUGUGGUGGUUAAGCGUAGCUAUAAACAAAAUCGAUGGAUACAGCUGUACGCCGGCGCCGGGACACCUGUCUUUUUCGCCGCCGGUAUACAAGCCCAAUUAUGCUACGAACACCCAUAAAAGAAAUAUAUUUAUUUUUUUAUAACUAGAAAUAUAUAUAUUUAUUUGUUCAUAAAAUAAAAAUGUUUGUUUUGGUGGGGUAAGAAUUCAUGUACAUUUUCCGAUUUAAUUAACUUUUGUCUCAUAUAAGUUUUUAUUUGUUUAAAUAACUACCAUUCUAAUAAUAAAUGCUAAAUAUUAUAGGGAUAUAAUGACGUGCAAUCGAUAAAGUAAGAGAAGUAAUCAAACACACAAAUUUAUAUGAUUCACUUGCAUAAUUUAUAUCACCGAUUAGUAUAUGAGCAUAAUAUAAUUUUUUUUAUAUUAAUCUUACAUUGAUAAUGGCCCAAAAUAGGCACCGAAGCUUGUUGUUGUAAAUUGACUUAGGCCUCGUCUAGAAAAGGAAUCGUGACGGGUUGGUUUAAUUUUUUUUCGUAUUUUUAAGAUAUAUUAUGUCAAAUUGAUCCACCUGAUAGCAUAAAUCAAUGCAUUCAUUUCAAAAAAAAGUAUGAUUAUCUGGAUGUAGAUGAUUUGAAUCGACUUAUUUUAUGAAUUUGGGACAAUAAUUCGAAUUGUAUCGUAUAUUUUUUUUAUAAAUUAAAUUGCUUCGUAUAUUAAUGAAUUCAUUCAAACCACAUCUAAUGUAGUCUGUAAAAGCUGCCACGUGGGCAAGAACCUUCUGCCGGAUUGGCCAGGUCAAACAGAAACCGCCAAUCUUUGACCCGAAAUCAAGGGGAAAUCGGUGGCAAAGCAUAAAACGACGAAGAAGAUUACCCCGUCCAAUAAAAACAAAAAACAAAAAAUCUCGGCCGUCCGAUUUGAUUGAACUAAUUAGCGUUAGCCGUUUAUCCCAAUCCUUCAAGACGACAACGACGACGUAUGAUUUACGCUACAGAUACAGCUGGCGGUGCCGCCGGCUGGCAGGAGUUGGGCCGUUUUGUGGGCUUGCGGCUGUCCUACUUGGCAGGUUUCGUGGCCGACGUGUGAUACGCGGCUCUUUUCCCAAAUCAACACAAAAACUAAAAUUGACUGAUUAAUUGUGCCGUUGUAAUUAUGUUGCUUAAAGUUAAACCGAAAAAUAAUGACGUGAUUAGGGUACGAUGAACGCGGCGCAUGUGUCUCAAGUCAAUUGCCGUCUUAAAUUUAGUUGGUUCGUUCAUUUUUCCAGUUCGAAUUUUAAUGUUUCUUUUUGUUAAUGACAAUUAGGCUGUUGGAAAAGAAGAAGAAAAUCAUGAAAAUGAAGCUUCGAGUGCUUUUCAUAAAUAACGAAAAUGUCGAUUUUUUGGGGUGCUGGAUAAUGAUUGGAGUUUAAGGAAAACAUGGUUAUUGAUUCAUAGCACAAGAUGCAAUUUUAUGCCAUAAUCAACACAAGGAGCACUAUUCUAAACUUUCUGAUCAAUUCAAGAGUUCAUAGUAUGUAAUGGAGGGUAAGUCUGUUAUUGAUCAAAAUAAUAGUAAUCUCCCCGUAAGUCGAAUUAUUGUCUUAUUGGGACUAACUGAUUGAUUCUAUAUACAAGAGCAUUUCAUAAAAAAUCCUCACGUUGUAACUAUUACGAUUGAUCAACUUCAAAGUAAAAAAUCUGAGCAAGGGAGGAGGGAGAAUUGAGCUUGUGAGAUCAUAUAUCAUAUGCAUUUGGGAGUUUGGAGGAGGACAAUACCUCCAUAGCCUUAACAUGGCUCCACUAUUGGAGUCACGAAAACUCGAUAUAUAUUACCGAAUUAUUUAAAACACAAUGUAUGAUGCGUUAACAAACAUCAAACCAAAAUAUAUUAGCUUUCUAUUGAAGAUACAUACUAAACAACUGCAUAAAAUAUAUUUUUUUUUAUAUUUCUCAACAACUCAAAUUACUGAUCCCACGACUUACUUUUGCAAUUUGAGCAUUAUGGGUUUAAGGUGAGAUGUCGAUAAGGAAGUGGUCUAAUGCUUGGUCGAGCUAGCUAUUAUUCAUGCACCUUCCAACUACACAUAUAAAAUUGCAAAUGCAAGACCAAAUCAUAUAUAAUGCUCUUUAAUCAUCAUGUAGCCUUACUUUGCUCCCUACGUACGUAAUAAUAAUGGGUUGGAAUCGAUCAUCAAUUUCUGGUAAUCAUACCAACGUUGAAGGAGUUGCAAUUUGUCAAUUCGCAAUUGAAGAUUUGAUUCUACUAUAACAAUCAAAAUGAACCACCAUAUAUAUAUAUACGCGUCUUCAUUACCAAAUAGGCAUCUAAUUAACCACACUUCUUAACUAAUUAUAAUUAGUGGUUGCUACUUGCUAGCAUUAUUAUUGUUGCUGGUUUAGGGAUCGAUAUAUGUCCCACUCCAACAAUAACAUUAACAUCCCCUCGCUUAUUAAUUGUCUUUUAAUUAAUCGCGACACAUGCAAUAAUAUAAAUCUAGUGGUGCGCAAUGAACAUUUGAUUCUACAAAUUCGAAUUGUUCAAAUUCGGACGAUUCAUAUUUGAGCAAUAUCAUUUUUUUGGGCAUUUUUUACUCAAUUUUCUUAGUUUGGGUCUAAAUUAGACUCAUGAUGUUGGGUACCGAAAUAAGUGGUUUUUAUCUUUUUAUUGUUCCGCCAUAAACGGACAUGUGAAAACACAUUACCGAAAAUGUGAAUUGGGUUGAAAACAAUUAAUGAGAUAGUCAAUAUUAUUUUGUGUGUACAAUCAUCUAGAUACAAAUAGACCCAUCUGGGUACGAACCAAAUGAGCUAACUCAAUCCAAAGUCGACCCAAACCCAAAACCUUUUAUAAAAAAAUACAUAUGAGCACAAUCGAGUCCAAUCCAACACCUCAUAUAGAUCAUGACAAUUGAGUCCAAUUAUAUAUAAUAAGUCGAUCCAUUGUCAUUCCUAAUCGGUUGCAAGAAAUUAAUUAAUAACAAUAAAGUAUAAAAUGAGUUAGAUUUUCAUUCCAUGAUCACAACAAACGGUCACAAAGCUUAUCGCCUUAUCCACAUAGUUGUCAUUCUUCACAUUAACAUCACACAUUGCAAAGAAAAGCUUAGCUAUCACCAUAGUAAGUGCCAAACUGAGUUGUAUACAGCUUUGAUGCAACACAACGUAACGACGUCCAAAAAAACGCGUAGAGAGCUACCGCUUUUUCCAUAUGCUAAGCUUCCCUUUUCAUAAGCAAACCUCAUGGAAUUGGUAUUGAGAUAGGUCCACUUGCAAAAGCCUUAAAAUGAGGUAGGUUGCUUCCAUUUCUUUUUUUGAUAGGGAGGAGAAAGUAUGAUUCAAGAUUGUUUGCAUGCAUGAACAUCUAUAAUAGAGGAACACAUAUGUCAAGGAAUCGAAAUUUAUGUUCUAGUAAUGUAUUGUGAUCAUGUAUUUUUGUGAAUAAAAAAUAAAAUUCACGACUACGUACGGUCGAUGUUUGUCACGUACUUGUCAUAUUUGUUCCGGACGGUUCGAUGAUUAUUUGUUGGUCAGUAAUGUUAAGAAUCAGUUAUGUCGUGAUAAUUCAAGUUGCUGAAAGCUAAGAAUCAAAUGUUAUAUCAUUUUCUAAUACUGUAUCCUCUUGAAAGAAAGUCAAAUGAUGAGUUCGAAAUUCAUAUAAGCUCAUUAUACCAUAUGAUAGUAUAUAUAUCUUAAGCUAGUGAUUGAAUAACCUCAGUACUAUAUCGAAAACCAAUUAGAUAUGUUAGUUUGGUUUUUAUUUUUCGGCUUUAACUAAAAUCGAACUGAUAAGAAGUUUGACGAUUUUGGUUUUCGGUCGUAAAGCGUUUAACAUCUUCAUGGUUAGGGUUUUGGUUAGAGCAAGAAAAAAAAAAUGAACAAGAAACCAAGAACACUCUAACUAAGUCAAUACUCAUUAGCAGCUCUCGUUGUUGUCACAAACUUAUGAGUAGUAGACCUCUUUUCUAUCUCCAUGCUUCUUGUUGUCUAUUUUUUUUUUUUACUCCACUUUUGCACUUCCCGAAAUUAUGAGUUUGGUUUAUCCAAAUCAAACCAGAACAGUUACCAGUCGUACCGAUUAUCGGUUAACUGAAAAUCCUAUCAAUUUUGGUUUUUGGGAACGUGCGUGAUUUGAUUUUUGGUUUCCCAUAUGCUUAAUGGUUUGUGUUACUGAAUCGAACCAAAUUGGCAACCUUAAUCAUAAUAAUUCGAGUUGUUAAGAUGGACUUAAACGGUCACACUCGUAGGAAAAUCUCAUUUAUUUACGGAUUCUAAAUACAAAAUACCCAUUGUUUCACAAGAAAUUUUAUGUCAUAAGCUAGCAAAUAAAUAAAUAACAUUGGUAUUAUAUGGCAAUUGGCAAGUGAUCGACAUGGCCUAUCUAGCUUAUUUUUAUUUCCAAUAUUGCACAACAUUGUGGCAAAUGCAACCUUCAUGGCAACUCUCUUAUGCGACCUCUUUUAUGUUUGCUAUUGAUCGCCGACUGUCCAGAUGCCGGCCGGCAGGAGGUGACUCGUCGGAUGUCGUUUUCUCUCUUCCUCUUCCCCCAUUGGCCACUUCUCCGGUGAUGGAUUGUUUGGGCCCACCGACGUCAUGUUCUCCGUCCUAUUAAAAGACGCGGCCCACUAAGCCCGCUGUGCUAACAGUUAAAAUUUCAGUUUUCUACAAAUAAUAAAAAAAAAAAAUCCAGUCUGGCCUAGUGGCCUUGUAAAUUUUUGCAACAUAGAUUUUACAGUUUAUUAUUCCAAAUUUAGACUCGAGUUUUUCCCCCACCCAAUUAGGCUGGAGAAAAUGAAUUACAAUGUAUAUGAUGCUAAAAGUUGGUGUAGUAAAACAUAAAAAGUUGGUGUAAUCUAGUAUUUCGAUAAACUUCGAUCAAUCAAUUAUUAUUUGAAUAUGACCGACAACCGCAAGCUUAUAGUACCUUCUCACCAUAAUACAUAUGAACUAUUUUGUACCAUAGACAUAUAACUACCAUGGUAAAACUAGGAUGGCCACCAACACCUAAUUCACUUUUUAUGCAAUUUUGUGCCUAUUCACUCCACAUUGGGUUUUUUAUUCGCGCAAUAGUUGUAGUUAUUUACACAGACAUUAAUAGUUGUUCACGCAAUUUGAUAUUUAUUCACGCAUCCUAAUAUAUAUUCACGAUAUUGCAAAAAUCAAUUUUGAAAUAUAUCAAAAUGAAUGUCAUUGUGUAGAUUAUGAUCAAUGCAACUCAUUUUAAUUAAAAAAAUUGAAAAUCGAAAUUCCAACUCCUUAAAAUAUGGCCAAUACAAAUUAUUAGGGAACAAAAGUAAAAAAAAGAAUCUGGGUACCAUUUCCAUGAUUAACCACAGUUUUACAUGAAUAAACAUCGAAUUACGUAAAUAAUCACCGAACGAACGACUUAAGUCAACUUUGAAUUAGGGUUUCAUGUCUCAUACCACAAACCUUUUUUUCCCAACUAGGAUUUACAUGCAACCUACUGAACUAGCUAGAAUACAAAGACCAUGAAUUCAGAACCCUGCCCUAGCUAGUAGUGUUAGAUCAACUCAAUUCAUUAAUGGUGCCCAACCACUAGCCAAAAAAAUGGUGCCUUUAAUUGGUUACUCUGUUUCAUUUGGCAGCUUAGAGGGAGGAUCUCUCUCAUAAACUCAUUCAUAAAUCAUAACCGCUCAGCUAAAAAAAAAAAACCCAUUUUUGCUAGUUAAAAAGCUCGUACCUUCUGCAUUGUUCACAAGUGUAAUUCAUGCAGUAACAGUCUUAUUUAAGCUGAGGGGGAAAAAAGGCUCCUCAAAUUCUUCGACUGAAUUUAAUAAUCCAGGGGAAGUCAGAGAUUUCUUUGUCUAUGCAUGUUAGUUCGGAGUUAUGUUAAAUUUUACUUGAAGUGAGUUUUAUCAAUUGAUGAUGUUUCAACUCGAAUAAAAAUGAGGUUGUAAAAAAAUAAUUAAUAUCCAUGAGUUACCGAGAUUAACUAGUUCUCAACGAAUUAAAAAAAUUUAGGUAUGACAAGAAAUUAGGUGAAAAUGCAUGUACUCUUUAUUCAUCGGAAAAAAAUUAGAUUUAAGAUCAAAAGAUAAAUAAACAUAAGAGAAUUGAAAGGCGACGACUCUCUAGUUUCUUUCACCUUGCCCUCUAUGAUAAUUAAAAAUAUGUGUGUUAUGUGUUUGACCAUGUCGAGCAAAACUAUGGGUUUGGUGAAAGAGACCGAUUUUGAGUUAUGGACUAUGAAAACUUGUAUAUUUAAACUAUUUGUAGCGUUUGAGUAGGGAGGGAAACUAAGAUAUGAUAAUAAUAAUAAAAAGGAUUCUAACCAAUGACCAUUAAUAGGAGGAAAAUCAGAAUGAAAACACCAUCAAUAAUUUUUUUUGUAAACCAAAGAAAAUAACGUAUGUGAAUACCGUGAGAAGUUUUUAUUUAUUGAAAAAGGAUAAAUUAAGCGCGUGGUGAAAAUGUUGAAUUAGAUGGAGAGUCGAAGUAGAGUAUAAUGACAGUGGAAUUAAUUUUAUGGACAGUUUUUAACUCCAGGAUUAGCUAGAGACCAUGUAUAAUUUAGUGCUAGUUUCACCUACGCGUUGAUCUUUGAAGGCCUUAAGUAGUGAUUGUGCUUCAAUCUGACGAUGUUACCAGUAAAGCUGUAAAGCUCAAAUAUAGAGAGCGUGUUAAAGAAAGACAUGAGUGUUAAUACUCGCCCACCCUUUGGGUGGAGCCUCUCUCUAGGAGCGCUCAUACUCAAUAGUUACAUGAACUUGUUGACACAAGGUAUGAAUUCGACAAUGAAUCAGUAUAGUCGUUUCAGAGUUUGUUUUGAAUUUGAGUUCAUAGUGGAACAAAUGUUUUAAUUUGUAAUAUAACACUUCUCUAAAAACAAAAGCACCCAUUCGUAUCCCUCUUUAACACAGAAAAUAAUAUAAUUUAUAGAAUAAAAUUGCAGAAAUUACAUAGAUUUUCAAUCUUGUCCCCACUUGUUUAACUUGCCGUCCUCUUGGGUCUCGGCCAAAACAACACAGAAAAUUAUGAGAAAAGAAACCACACAAGAAAUAAAUAACGAAAGUGAAAUGAAUAAAAAAAGGAAAACAAAAAAAAAUUCGUAUUUGUCUGGAAAAAUAAAAGUCUUAUUUAAUAGGCCCCCCAACAUUUGCAGCACCACCCACCACUCCAAAAUUUUGGCCCGUGAAUUUUCUUUUUCACUUCCAUCUCGUGAUAACCCAUGAUCGAUUUUAGUCACUAUUUUUUUGUUUUGUUUUAGUAAAGCACAAAGGAAAUAUGAAAGAAAAUUGGUGAAAUAAUUUUUUUAAUGUCCAAAUAGGAAGUACAUAUGUAAAACUACCCUAAACCUAAUUGUCUUUGACAUUCGUGUUAGGUAUUUAAGCGAGAUAUUUGAGAUAAAAAAUGAUUUAAUGUGAGAAAUUGUCUCGUCUAACCGUUUCUCAAAUAUUGUGUUUGAUCUUUAAACAUCCUUUGAACCUAAUAAUUGGUCCAGUUGGCCUGAUAUCUCGUUUUAGAAGUGGGAAAUGUGAUAUUUUGACUCAAAGUAGCCCAUCUGAGUAGUUUUCAUAUGUUUGCAAAGGGUGCAUAAAUAUCAAAAUGCAUUGCUGUUGCGAUAUCUGACUCGAAAUGUCUCAUUUUCUAGGCACUAUUUGGACAUCGUUUUUUUGGCAAAUUUACCCUAAAUUUUCAUUACUCUCACCAGUUUGUUUGCAUAACUGUACUAAAUGUUGGUAUCGAGAGGAGUUCGCUGGUCUAAGGUGAGCUUCACAUCUUAAUAUCAUAACAUGAUAGAUGAGGUUGUGAUUGUAAAUCUUGUCAAACUAAUGUUAGAGACAGCGGAUGAAAAUUCACAAAAGAUGAUAAAUGUUACUAUCUUUCAACCCCUAAAGUUUGUACCAUACUAAACGUAUUAUGUUUUUAUUUAUUUAUUUUCAUUUUUUUUGUUCUUAGAUUAUACUUAGCGUUAACAUUAGACAAAGUAAGAUUUUCUUAAAUAAAAAAAAUUCAUUGUUUAUAUCUUGGAGCUGCCUUUAAUUGUAUUUUAGUGUUCAAAUUUGGUGUGGAACUGAGGUGGAUCAAACCGAACCGUUCAACUUUUGAGCCCAUCUUCUGGUUUUAUUCUCAUAGUAAAAGUUAAAACUAAAGACAAAGCACAAUCCCAAUGGUCAAAUGGCGCCAUAAUCCAGCACCCUAAUCCACCCUUCCAUCCCCUUGUUUGCACCUGACUUUUUGUUUUCUCCCCAUUUUUGGUUCCUAUUCCGGCACAUAAACAAAAUUAAUAAAAAAAUAAACAAUUAACUUUUGAUGAUUAUUACUAAGCUUGGAUUUUUUCAAAAUUAAAAAAAGGAGCCAUUCUCAAAGAAGAGGCAGACCAAACAAAAGGGAAUAUGCUAUUUAUUAUUAUUAUUAUUAAUGCUAAUAUUUAAAGUUGUCAAUCCGGUUUAACUCGUUGGUCCAUUCGAUAAGUGAGUCGAAUGUUACAGCAAAAUAAUAAUUCUUACUCGGACUCAACAGAAACACAUUAGGCAAAAUUCAAGCACACUCAUAUAAUAUCAAUAUUCAAGCAUUCAAUUUUCGAAUUCUAAAAUUAGAGUCAGGCGAGAAGAAAACCCGAAAAGAGGUGCAAUUCACAAAUCAAAUGGGAAAAAAGCUACAUCAUAUCAUAUAACCUCCAUUUCAGGAUGCGAGUUGACUCGCAAAUUCGUGGAGGCCAUUUUUCUCACCGAGCUCGGGUCAAUCUGAUCGACCCGUGGCUUGACAACCUUCCUAAUAUGAAAUCAAAUUAUUAAAAUGCCCCAAAAUUUAGAAAAAAAAAAUAAUAAAAAAAUAGUAAGGGUCUCACAAUGGAAAGGGAUGAGGGAUAGAAUUUGGUGGGUUUUGAGCUGUGAUUUAGCUGUCCUUUUGAUAUUUGCAUUAUUUCCUUCCCCCCUUCCCUCCUCCAAUUCUCCAUUCCCUUCUUCUUCUUCUUCAUAGCCUCCCUGCCUUUCUUUCACACAUCUCCAUAAUCCCUAGAAUCCAUUAAAACCCUCCUUCCCCCUUUCUCUCUCCUCAACCCCCAAAAAAACCCACCAUUUCCCCCUUCUUCCUCCUCCAUUCUCAGAUCUCAAAAAAUCUCCACUACCCAGAAGCCAAAACCCAUUUCCCCACCCAACCCAUUUCUCCAAACAGGCCAAAGAUUCAAGCUUUGGCUCCUGUUUGAGAGGAAAAUCAAAGCAAGAACUCGAAAGAAAAGCCCCAUUGGAGUGGCACUUUUGCUAGUGAGCAGUAGAUGUUGCUCAUUUGAAAUGAAGGAGAAGAAUACCAAUUUGUUCCCUCUUCUUCUCCUCCUCCUCCUCUCCUUCGUUUCCCUUUCCCUUGUCAGCUCGUCUUCUGAUGCAGAGAUCCCACCAGCCAUUUCCAGCCAUGGAACACUCACUCAAGCCGAGGUCUCCUACCUCCGCCGGCGGCAGCUCCUGUACUACAAGGACGAGUUCGGCGACCGGGGCGAGAACGUGACGAUCCCGCCGGGCUUCGUCUUCGAGAACCCGAGGCUCCGCGACGCUUACAUCGCGCUGCAGGCCUGGAAGCAGGCGAUUAUCUCCGACCCGUUCAAUGUCACCGGAAAUUGGACCGGCCCGGAUGUCUGCAGCUACGAGGGUGUUUUCUGUGCUCCGGCGCCGGACAACAAAACCAUCCGUACCGUCGCCGGCAUUGACCUCAACCACGCCGACAUCGCCGGUUACCUGCCCGAGGAGCUGGGGCUUUUAAGAGAUCUGGCGAUUUUCCACAUCAAUUCGAAUCGAUUCUGUGGGAUUGUGCCUCAGAAGUUCAGGAACUGGAAGCGGCUCUACGAGCUGGAUCUCAGCAACAACAGGUUCGCCGGGAAGUUCCCCAAUGUAACUCUAUUGAUGCCCAAAUUGAAGUUUCUGGAUCUCAGGUUCAACGAAUUCGAAGGCACGGUGCCGAAAGAGCUGUUUGAUAAGGAUUUGGAUGCGAUUUUCAUCAACCACAAUCGAUUCCAUUUCGAGCUGCCGGACAAUUUUGGGAACUCCCCUGUUUCCGUGAUUGUGCUGGCCAACAACAAUUUCCAUGGCUGCGUCCCCGCGAGCUUAGGGAACAUGAGGAAUUUGAACGAGAUUAUCAUGAUGAACAAUGGGUUCCGGUCGUGCUUGCCGCCGGAGAUCGGGCGGCUGAGGAAUUUGACGGUGUUUGAUGUAAGCUUCAAUCAGCUGAUGGGUCCGUUGCCGGACACGAUUGGAGGGAUGGUGAGCUUGGAGCAGCUGAAUGUGGCGCACAAUUUGUUGUCCGGUGCGAUUCCGGGGGCGAUUUGUCAGCUGCCGAGGUUGCAGAACUUCACCUACUCGGAUAAUUUCUUCACCGGAGAGCCGCCGCAGUGCCUGGCCUUGCCGGCGGUUGAUGACAGGAGGAAUUGCCUGCCUAAUCGGCCGGCGCAGAGGCCGCCUGGGCAAUGCCAGGCGGUUUUGUCGAAGCCGGUUAGGUGUAGUGCUUUCAGAUGUGCUCCUUUUGUUCCUCCUCUGCCUCCUCCGCCUCCUCCGUCGCCUCCACCGCCGCCUCCUCCUGUGUACUCACCUCCACCGCCUGUUUACUCUCCUCCGCCGCCUCCACCUGUCUACUCACCUCCUCCACCUCCGCCAGUUUACUCGCCUCCACCACCGCCGCCGGUUUACUCUCCACCACCACCACCUCCAUCUCCACCGCCGCCGGUUUACUCUCCACCACCUCCACCGCCGUCGCCGCCACCACCACCUCCUCCUUCACCGCCACCGCCGUCUCCACCACCACCCUCUCCUUCCCCUCCGCCACCUUCACCUCCUCCGCCUUCACCACCGCCGCCCUCUCCAUCCCCUCCGCCACCAUCACCGCCGCCGCCAUCACCAUCCCCUCCACCUCCCUCACCACCGCCACCAUCGCCAUCACCACCACCACCUUCCCCAUCGCCAUUGCCUCCAUGUACCCGUCCCCCGCCGCCACCACCACCACCAAAUUCACCACCGCCGCCUCCACUCUUCUCCCCGCCGCCACCGCCAAACCAUUACUACAGCAGCCCACCACCACCUCCCCAUUCCCCUCCGCCCCCAAAUUCCCCUCCACCGCCAUCUCCGCCGCCUCCCGUCUACCCCUACCUGUCUCCUCCACCUCCCCCGCCACCGGUCUACCUUCCCCCACCGCCUCCCCCAUCUUCCCCUCCGCCCCCGCCGCCGUGUAUAGAACCACCUCCACCUCCGCCGCCGUGUGUGGAAAACCCACCCCCUGCGCCACCAGCAAUCCCACCCUAUAAACCACCGCCGUCUCCUUCCCCACCACCACCACCACCAAUCCAUCACCCAUCCCCACCGCCGGCGCCAAUCUUUUACCCAUCCCCACCUCCACCGUCGCCAAGAUUACACAAAAGCCCUCCUCCUCCACCGCCAGAGUACAUGGGGCCAUUGCCGCCAGUCGUGGGAAUUCCAUACUCAUCCCCUCCACCACCGCCUUACUAUUGAUUCUUUUGAGAAUUCCCUCUUUCUAACCCUUUCAUCACAAAAAAAAAAAAAAAAGGAGACUUUCGUUUCAGCAUCAACAACUACAACUACAAAACAGCAAUUCUUCUCUUCUAUUUUUACUCUUUUUGUGAUGAGGCAAUUCUCGUGCUUCAAUUUGAGAGAUGGAAAUAAAGAAGAAAACUUUCAGGUAUCAACAGCAAAGGGUUACAGUCAGAGUUUCCAAGUUUCUCCUCCGGCAACCAAAAAUGGCGGUAAAAGGGGCUAUCAAUCUUCCAAGUUCAUCACCGUAUAUGAUGUCUAGAUAUCAUUUUCAUACCAGUAAGAUGGGGAAAGUAUUCUCAAUAGAUUUUAUUCGAAUUGUUCGUUAUCACAAUUGAGUCCUAAAAGAAGAGUAAUAAGGUACUUUCAGAGAGAGUUAGAGAGAUCUUGCAGUGGGGGGAAAGUUUGUAUGUAUAGAAGGUGGGAAUUGGGAUGGAGAGGCACCAUGAUCAGAGAAAAGAGAGCUACUUGCAGCUGCUGGGAUGGCAUUUUUAUUGUUUUUCCUUUUCUUUUUUUCUUAUUUAUAUCAUACUUCUUCUUCUUGGAUCUUUGUUUUGAUUUUCCUUCUCUUUUUUGUUGGGCAAUUUUUAUAUAAUAUAGAUCAUGAUGAACAAUUCUUACUUGUAUUUUGAUCAUUCCCCAGAUUUUCAUUUGUGUCUACUUGGUUUUUCUGGUAGAUGGUGUUCUUAGUCUUGUAUGUGUUGCUAGAAAUAAUGCCUCCCUGUUCUUCCAUCUUGAGCAGUCAGCAAUGGCAAUCGAUGUUUGCUCCGACUAGUUCAUCUCGAUAGCUCGAGUUUGCAGUAUCGAACAUUUCCCCUAAAUCACAAACGAAAUUGCCCCUAAAUCACAAACGAAAUCGCUAUGUCGGUCUCGCAAUGUGUGUGAGAUUAUGUGAUGGGAGAUUUCAGUGCUAUCAAGCCACCAUGGUGAAUAGAGUACGACUUAACAACGAUUAGAUCGUGUGUCUUGAAUGAUAAAUCUAGUGCCUUAUUUCCAUUUUCCUCCUUGAUUGGUGGUGGGAGAGGAGAUUGAUUAGUUUGCGGGAAUUGGGGCAGCUGUUUGAACUUUGAAUUGGGAAAGCACUUUUUAAAAUGGAGAUGGAGACUUUGUUGGGAUUAGGAUAGGGAGGGAAGCAUGUGCUCGCCAUUGAUGGGAGUUUGAAAUUUUUUCAAACAGAAAGCAGAUUUUAACAUUGAAUUUACCUUCCAGGCCGUUAACUUCACAGCCUUAGCCUCUCUGAUCAGAGGCUCUCUGUUGACUUGAAUGGUCAGUUACUUCCCAUUAAAGAAGUGAAGAAAAAGGAAUCAGAAGGCUCCCAGAAAGGAUUAAAUAGGGAGGGAAGAGUCAAACAGGAGGAAAUUAAAAGAGUGGCAAAACAAACAUGCUGCUCAUAACUAUACUACUCCUCUGACUCAACAAACUCAAACAAAUUGGAACUUAAACUUAUGUUAUGCUUGCAUUUAGAUUAUACCAGUUCACAAAAUAUAAAACAGAGACUAUAAUGCAAAUACGAUGAGUCAUACCUUCCCGUUCAUACGAAGGCCAAUUUGUAUGAGCCCGAAGUUUGCUAAGGUCCGAAUUUCACGUGCCUGACAGCACAUAUGUGAGUAACUGGAAUUCGAAAAGAAGACUUUUCAGCCACAAAACUCGAGUUGUUGGGAAAUGUUCAAUUAUGACGGUCAGAACGCUAUUCGCCACCGAAGAUCAUUGACAGUCCAUCCUUGCGACAACAAGUAUACCAUGUUGAGCAAAAUUUUGUGUUUUAGAAAAUCAUGCAUAUUCUCUUCUUUUCUGUGAAGGUAACAACAUAAGUGAAUUUCAAAACAAACAUAACAAUACAUUGGCCUUGCUUCA